AUGCUCGAGGGACUAGUGUCGAACCUGCUUAAUCGGUUCUUGGGCAUGUAUGUCCAGAACUUCGAUCCCAAGCAACUCAAUGUCGGCAUCUGGUCUGGUGACGUCAAGCUACGGGACCUCGAAUUGCGCCGCGAGGCCCUCGACCAGCUGCAUCUGCCACUGAACGUAGUCGCAGGACAUCUGGGCUCUCUCACACUCUCGAUACCGUGGUCGAAUCUGCGAGGGAAGCCGCUCAAGGUCAACAUCGAGGAUGUCUUUCUGCUUGCAGCACCGAAGGAGGACUCCACUUACGACGCCGACGAGGAAGAGCGUCGGGCACAUGCUGUCAAAAUGGAGAAGCUGGACAGCGCAGAAUUGCUGAAGGAGCGCAAUACCGAGGGAAUGAGCCCUGAAGAACAGCAGAAGAACCAGAGCUUCACGGCAAGCUUGGUCACCGCCAUCGUGGACAAUGUCCAGAUCACCCGGAUCCUGGGCACCCUUUCGCACCUCGGAGUCACCCUCGCAGACUUCAGCGCCGUCAGUACAGACGAGAACUGGAAGCCGACCUUUAUCCAGGGCAACGCCUCUUCGACACACAAGCUAGCGACCCUCGGGUCUUUGGCAGUUUACUGGGACACGGACUCGAAACUUAUAGGCACCGGCAAAGGCAGUGACACCAAAGAUGAACAGCACAUCGACAAUGCCGAGUUCAUCGAGAAGGUCAAAGGCAUGAUUGCAAGAGGCGACAACCCGGAUCUGGGCGACCAUCAGUUCAUUUUGAAACCUAUCAGUGGUCGUGCCGGCCUGGAGAUGGACAAGACUGGGAAGAUUGACCGGCCAAAGAUGAAGGCGCGCCUGCUCUUCGAUGAGCUUGGUUUCAUCAUCGACGAGGACCAAUACCGGGACGCUCUCAUGCUCGUUGACCUUUUCCACUACUUCAUUCGACAUCAGGAGUACAAGAAAUUUCAGCCCAAGUCAUCACCCAAGGAAGACCCAGCCGGAUGGCUCAAGUUUGCCGGACAGGCGGUUCUUGAUAAGAUCCACGACAGGAAUCGCAAAUGGAGCUGGGCCUACUUCAAAGAACGACGAGACGAUCGGUUACGGUACAUCGAGCUCUUCAAGAAAAAGAAGCGCGAGGAGACACUCACAGCUGAUGAAGCUAAGGACCUGGACACACUCGAGCGAAAGCUUACAUAUGAAGAUCUUCGUUUCUGGCGCUCUUUGGCGCGAAACCAGCUGCGCAAAGAGAAUGUUGGUGUCAAGAAGCCGCCACCGAAACAGACAUGGAGUUCCUGGGUUUGGGGCACGAAGCAGGAAGAGCAUCAUGACGAAGAAACCCAAAUGUCUGAGCAGCAACGUAAAGAGCUCUACGAUGCCAUUGCGUGGGAUGAGAAACAAGCCAUCACAGAGGCUGUGGAUAUGCCUCGAGAAUAUGUCAAAAUGGAGGUAAACAUGAGCCUCAGAACUGGAAGUUUCACAUUGAAGCGCGAUCCGCAUGGGGCAUCUAAAGAGGUUCUACGCUUGCUCUUUGACUCAUUCAGCACACAAUUCUUGCAGCGCACAGAUUCCAUGUUCGUCAAAGUUGCUCUCGAGGGCAUGCGCCUUUAUGAUGGUACCACCGACGGCAGCCUCUUUCCUCAGAUCAUCACCAUUAAGGAUGCCCCGCCAGUUCCAGAUGACAAACGUAUCGAAGAGCUUGACGACGAUGAAACUUCCAAGGAUGAUGCAAACGAAGACGAGGACGAGGAGAAAGAAGAUCCGUUCUUCCAGCUCUCUUUUGAAAAGAACCCCCUAGACAACAGUGCUGACACUGCCCUGACCAUGAAGCUAAAAGGCAUGGAGUUUGUUUACAACCCGCGUUUCGUUGUCGAGGUGGCGAAAUUCUUCAAACCUCCGGAACGUCACAUGGAGUCAAUCGGAGCGCUCAUGGAAACUGCGGGGGCUACUGUCGAAGGAAUCCGCCAGCAGACUCGUGCAGGACUCGAAUUUGCCUUGACAGAACACAAAACUAUCAAUGCACAGCUCGAUUUGCAGGCUCCCCUCAUCAUCAUCCCUGACUCAGUCACCCGGAAAUCGAGCAACUGCCUCAUUCUUGAUGCUGGUCAUGCAAGCGUGACUAGCGAGCUAGUUGACAAGGACACAUUACGCGACAUACAGGCGAAGCAAAAGCAGCAGUACACCGAUGAAGACUUCCGAAAUCUCGAGAAUCUGAUGUAUGACAAGUUCAACCUCAAAUUACAUUCGACCCAGGUGCUCAUAGGACCGUCAAUCGAGGAGACUCGUGCCCAACUGGAGGAGAAGUCGUCCUCGCGAAACUUCCACAUCGUCGACAGAAUCAACAUGGACUUCAAAAUCGAGAUCUGUAUCGUGCCAAAAGCGUCUGAUCUGACCAAAUUCCGCGUCUCGGGAAAUCUGCCAAUUCUCCAUGCGUCCAUAUCAGAUGCGAAGUACAAGAACUUAAUGAAACUUAUAGACGUCGCGAUACCGAAAUUCGAUGAUGAUGCCCCGGCUAAGCAGGUUGUGGAGGGCGCGAAGGGCCCAUCCAAUUUGAAGCCGACAAGCCAAGCCAAGCCUGCUGAUAAAGAUCCACUUGGCAGGUCACGUUCCAAGUCAUUCCAAUUUGCAGCUCAAGAGCACGAACUCGUCAUGGAAGAAGAGGGUGAUCACGAUGGUGAUGGUAAUGAGAAAUUUGAAGACGCAUCAGAAGAGAAGGAUAAGGUCAAGGAAGCUCAUGUGCAUCAACGAAACUUCGAGUUCAAAUUCACUGUAGACAAGCUCCAGGGAUCUCUGUACCGGACUGAUCCAGAGGGCAGAAAGGCAGAUAGGCUUUUGGUGGAACUCAUCGCUGAGCAUUUCGAUCUGGAUUUCUACCAGGAGCCAUUUGAGAUGGGCGCGGAUGUCAGCCUCCGUAGUCUUGCUGUUGAAGAUCAUGUGGAGGACAACCCUAUUCCAGAGUUCCGGAACAUCAUAUCAUCAGAAGAUGUCUCUGCAGAUGAACAGAAGGAUCUGUUCACCCUGAAGUUUGUCAAAGUCAACAAGGAGUCACCUGAAUUCCAGACCAAGUUUGAGGGUAUCGCGACCAACUUAGACGUCGCGGUCUCGACGAUCAACCUAAUUGUAACAAGGCGGACAUUGUUGACAUUGCUGGACUUCGUUCUCAUAACCUUCACGAACCCAGGAGAGUCAGAGAACCAACAAGCACAAAUCGCCGAGAAGCCGGACGAGCAGCAGCAGGCUGCCCCACAACCGCAGACCGAACCAGACAAGAUCAGGAUCCGCGCCGAACUCAAACGCAUUGCGGUUGUACUCAACAACGAUGGCAUACGACUUGCCACACUGAGUUUGAGCUCCGGUGAUGUUGCCAUCUUCCUCAAUGGUAAGGCGAUGCGCAUUGGUGGCCGCCUCGGAAAUCUCUCCCUCAUCGAUGAUGUAAAUCAAGGAGUGUCUGAGGAGUCUUCGCUUCGUCAGUUGGUCACAAUCGAGGGAAAGAACUUGGCAGACUUCAGCUACGAGACCUUUGAUCCAGAUCUGGAAAGCUACCCUGGCUACGACAUGUCUGUGGCGCUGAAGACGGGUUCCAUCAAGAUCAACUUCCUCACUGAGCCCUUUCGGAAGAUCAUGGAGUUUGCUGUCAAAUUUGGCAAAAUGCAGGCCAUUUUCAAUGCAGCACGACAGGCAGCAGCCAAUCAAGCCACACAAAUACAACAGCGGGCAUCUAAGUUCCACUAUGACAUUACAAUCAGCACACCAAUCGUGGUGUUCCCAAGAAUGGUCAUCUCGGACAAGCCAGAUCGCGAUACGCUGACAGCGAAUCUGGGCGAGAUUUACGCGAAGAACACGUUCGUCCCGCUAGACGACAGCGAGAAUGCAGACGUCGCCAACAAGAUCUCUGCCGGUAUCAGGAAUAUUAAGCUGACAUCUAAUCUUCACUACAACGAGGAUCGCUCAGAAGAGCUAGAGCUCAUCGACAAAGUCGAUGUUGACUUCAACCUUACCAUGGUAGACCACAAGCCUGGUUUUGAAAGGCCUGAUCUUGAGAUUGAAGGCUCAAUGUCCAACAUUAAUUUGCGACUUACACCUGAGCAGAUGAAGUUUGCACUAGAGCUGUCGCGAACUAUACCACAAGCUUUCGCCACCCAGUCAGAUAAGGAGAUUGAGGAGGACGUGCAAUCCGAAUUGCCUGCAUCGACAACAAAGCCUGCGCGUCAACUGACGGAUAAGGAAACGCCCGAUACAGAACCGUCCAAGCCUGUCGCUUCAUCGCAAGGUCCUGAAUUGAAGACAGACGACGACAAGUGGACAAAGCUUGACUUCGUUUUCAAGGUAGGCUCCAUCGCUUUAGAGCUGCUGAAGUCGAGUGAUGGAGAGCCUAUUGGCGAUCUCGAGGCAGCAAGCUUAUCCAAGUUCUCUCUCAACGACACCAACGUCAAAGUACGCAUGAUCAGCGAUGGCUCAAUGGAAGCGGAACUUGUCGUUCAAUCGUUCACUAUACGAGACAGCCGCACACAGGGAACGAAUAAAUUCAGGAAGAUCAUGUCGCUCAUCAACAACGACGUAAAACAGCAAUUCAUGGCUAGUGUCUCCAUCUCUGGUGGACAAGAGCGCAAUUUGAUAGCGCUUCUCACAAUUGAUAGCCCGAGGAUUAUCCUGGCUUUGGAUUACUUGUUCGCGUUACAAGCCUUCGUGAACGCUGGUCUUGCGACUGAUCAGCCCCUGGCUAUCGAGGAGGAAGCUGAGCAGGACGAGAUAGACAGUGAUGAUGAGAUCAUGUCUCCAGACGGCUCUCGGACAUUGGAGAAGCCAAAGACUCCGGAAGAGCCUACCGAAAAUGGGAUGAACAUUUCAUUCAGAGUCAACCUUGUGGAUGCACAGGUCGUUCUCAUUGCAAAUCCAGCAUUGGCCAGCUCCGAAGCCAUCGUACUAGGUACAAAGCAAGUCCUUGUGUCGAAGCAGCAAGCCAUGACAUUACAGGUCGAUAAGGUCGGCAUGUUCUUGUGUCGGAUGGACCGAUUCGAUACGAACAGAUUGCGCAUCCUUGACGACUUCAGCAUACAGACCGCUCUCGAUAUGCGCAACCAGGGUCCGAAAUCAUCGCUAAUAAGCAUCAACAUCGAUAUCGAACCACUGGUGCUUCGCCUCUCACUUCGCGAUAUCUUGUUGGCUAUGCAAAUCGUCAACCGUGCAUCUGCUAUGUCAGCAGGCGAUGACAAGAAGCUGCCCACAGAAGAAGCCCAAAAGCUCAAACCAGCGACACCCUCAAAGAAGCCCAAAUCAAGUCAAGGACAACAUCAAUCUUCCUCAGGAGCGCCAUCAUCCUCGGUAAUCCUCAAAAGGGAAGAGAUGCACGUCAACAUUGAAGGCAUACGAGUGGUUCUGAUUGGCGAUGUUCAUGAAAUGCCAAUGCUUGACUGGCGUGUCAAGAAGUUUGGUGUCGAUGUGCGAGACUGGUCUGGUGCCAUGGUCGCCGACACAUCACUUGAUACCCUCAUCAAUGUAUACAACUUCUCCAAGUCCGCUUGGGAGCCACUGAUUGAGCCUUGGAGUGUUGGCUUCCACAUGGCCAAGGACCAGAACCCAGAAAGACUCUCUGUGGAUUUAUACUCCCGUAAAUCGAUGGAGCUUACAGUAACUGCUGCUACGAUUGCCUUGGGAUCGAAGUCAUUCGACUUCCUUGCUGGCGAAGAGGACAUUUUAUCGAAACCACGUAGUAGCGAUGCACCAUACCGUAUCCGUAAUCAUACUGGUUUCAGUCUCGACGUUUGGGCCGAAGGCAAAGAAGUCGAAGGCUUCUCUACAAAGCUGGAAGAUGGCGAAGAGCAGCCAUGGCGAUUUGAGGACCCCAUGUCGACCAGAGAGACAUUGUCUACCGAUGGCGCAAGUGGCAUGGUCGGUGUUCGCCUUGGAGGAAGUGGUUUCGACACUUUGUCUCGCAUACCUGUACAUCGUGAGGGCGAAUUUCUGUACAACCUCAAGCCAAAGCAGGAUCGCAUUCAGCAUCGCAUCCUGGUCGAGGUCAAACUAGGGGCAGACAACAUCAAGAGCAUCACGUUCCGAUCUCCUCUCCUGGUGGAGAACAACACACAAAUCCCAAUCGAGCUAGGGAUGUUUAGCCCCGAAGACGGCCACCUUCUCAAGAUCGAUAAAAUCGCGCCUGGCGACGCAAGACCUGCGCCGAUAGGAUCUGUAUAUAUGCAUUCCAUCGUCAUCCGUCCAGACCAAGGAUUUGGUUAUUCUUGGUCGAAUGAGCGUCUUUUCUGGAAGGAUCUGCUCAAGCGACCCACGAGGACCAUCACUUGUCGGGGCGAACAAGAUGAUCAGGCACCACCCUUCUACUUCCAGCUGCAUGCAACUUAUGACAAAAAGGAUCCGAUGACUGGCGUUUAUCCUUACAUGCGCCUCCGACUUCAAGCUCCUGUCGAGAUCCACAAUCUCUUGCCAUACGACUUCAAGUAUAGGAUUUACGACAGUAACACGAAGAAAGACUGGACCAAUUUCCUGAGGAAGGGUGGGAUCAGCCCAGUCCAUGUGGUGGAGCUCUCUCACCUACUACUUGUUAGUGUCGAGAUGCAGGAUGGUCCUUUUAAGCCCAGCAAAUUCGGCAUCAUCAAUUCCACAGACCGUGAAAGCUUCCGCCGGGAGAAGGUGCUGGAGGUUAAGGACGACAACGGCCAGAUUCUGCACCUAAAUAUGCAUUUCUUUAACUUCCCUGAUGCUGGUGGAGCAUUCAAAGUCGCGAUCUACAGCCCAUACAUUGUGCUCAACCGUACUGGACUUGAGCUGGACGUUCGACCACAGCAGUUCAUGGGUCAGGCCAAGUCUGCAGCUGGACAGAACAUUCUGUCAAACAACACCGAUCAGUCGGGCAAAGCAUUGCCAUUCAUGUUCUCAUACCCGACAGACAACAAGAAGAAUCGUGCUUUGAUGAAAGUUGGCGAAUCCAGCUGGAGCAAGCCCCAAAGUUUCGAUGCGAUCGGAAGCACAUACACAGUAGCGCUGCCAUCCACUAAAUCUAGAUCGGAGAUGCAGCUUGGUGUGUCUGUCGCCGAGGGCGAAGGAAAGUACAACUUGACGAAGGUUGUAUCGAUCGCACCACGCUUCAUCGUCAAGAACAAGAUCAAGGAGGAGCUACUCCUCCGUGAACCCGGUCAGUCCGAUUGGAUGACACUCAAGGACGGCGAAUUACUUCCCCUACGCUGGUUGCGACAAGGUGGAUCGCCACAGUUGUCUCUCUGUUACCCAGGUGUCAACAACCAAUGGUCAUCGCCAUUCCACAUCUCGAACGUCGGCAAUGUUCACGUAAAGCUUUCUAAAGCUGGACAGCGCCAAAAAUUAGUCCGUGUUGACAUCCUGAUGGAGCAAGCGACGAUAUUCUGUCAUAUCAGCGUGGAGACAAAGCACUGGCCAUUCUCUUUCAAGAACACGAGUGACCAGGAAUUCUUGUACUGGCAGCAGAAUCCAAACCUUGACGAAGAUGAGGAUGAUCGUGGCUCAGGCUUCCGGCCGAUAAGAUACCGCCUGCCUCCUCGAAGCAUUAUGCCGUAUGCCUGGGACUUCCCCGCGGCGAAGAACAAGGAGAUCGUGAUCAGCGCCAAUGGUAGAGAGCGACACGUCAAGCUUGCGGAGAUCGGACCUCUCAUCCCAUUCAAGAUCCCACCUGGCCAAGAACGGGGUGGUAUGAAGGUCAUUGAUCUCAAUGUUGUUGCUGUCGGCCCAACACAGACGCUUGAAAUCUCGAACUACAAGCCUUCGAAGAGUUUGUACAAGCAGAAGUCUGGUACUGCGUCUUCCUCUACGACUACCGGCUUUGAAGUUAAGGAUCAAGACACAGACGUGACCUUCAAGGCGCAACUGCGACUUGCGGGUAUCGGUGUCUCGCUCGUGAACAGACACCUUCGCGAACUGGUCUACAUCACACUGCGUGACAUUGAGAUGAAGUACUCCGACUCUCCAAUUUACCAAAUGAUCAACUUGCAGGUCAAAUGGGUGCAGAUUGACAAUCAGCUGUACGGUGGUAUCUUCCCCAUCAUCUUCUAUCCCAGUGUCGUUCCCAAGACUGGCAAGGAGAUGGAGGCACAUCCCAUUUUCCAGACUACUAUUACCAAGGUCAAGGAUGACUCGUACGGUGUACUGUACAUCAAGUACUUCACGUUCCUCCUACAGCAGAUGACGGUUGAGAUCGACGAGGAUUUCAUAUUCGCAGUGAUCGACUUCGCCAACAUUCCUGGAGCCUCUUGGUCGGAAGAAAAAGAAGGCAAGCUGUGGGACGACUCACUCGACCUUCCAGAGCCCAAGCAAGAGCAGUCCGGACAGGACGUCUACUUCGAACUACUCCAUCUUCAGCCUAUGCAGAUCGAUCUGUCAUUCGUGAGAACGGAGCGCAUCAACGCUGAAGACACUAUGAGCACAUCGAACCCCUUCAUGUUUGCUGUCAACGUCCUCACCAUGUCUAUUGGAAAUGUCAACGACGCGCCUGUUCGGUAUAACUCCUUAAUCCUUGAGAAUGCUCGCAUCUCUACAACGGCAUUGAUCAACAAUAUCAAAAACCAUUACGUGCAAGAAUCAUUGCGACAAGUGCACGUAAUUAUCGGAUCUGCCGACUUCCUUGGUAAUCCUGUUGGUCUCUUCACGAACAUCAGCUCCGGUGUUGCCGACAUUUUCUACGAGCCGUACCAGGGUCUCGUCAAGUCUGACCGCCCAGAAGAGCUUGGUAUUGGUAUCGCAAAGGGUGCAUCCAGCUUUGUCAAGAAGUCCGUUUUCGGAUUUUCUGACAGCAUGGCCAAGUUCACAGGCAGCAUGUCCAAGGGACUGUCCGCUGCUACGCUCGACAAAGAGUUCCAAGACCAGCGUCGCAACACCCGCUCCCGCAACCGACCCAAGCAUGCGCUCUACGGCAUCACAGCUGGUGGUAACGCGUUUGCCAAUAGUCUUGCCAGCGGUCUAGGCGGUUUGGCACGACACCCAAUUCAAGGUGCUGAGAAGGAAGGCGCGCUCGGUUUCGUCAAGGGUGUCGGUAAGGGUCUUCUCGGUGUUCCCACCAAAGCUGCGAUUGGUGCCUUUGAUCUCGCAUCCAAUAUGGCCGAAGGUGUCCGCAACACAACAACCGUCUUUGAUCAAGAAGGUCUCGAUCGCGUGCGCCUGACGCGCUUCAUUGGUACCGACGGCAUUGUACGCACCUACUCGCAGCGCGAAGCCCUCGGCCAAUUCUGGCUCAAGACGCUGGACAAUGGCAAGUACUUCAACGAAGACUACAUUGCCCACCUCGAGCUGCAAAACAAAGAGAUGCUUGUCAUGCUCACCUAUAACGGCGUCAUGAUGGUGCGCGCAAAGAAGCUUACGACAGAAUGGGAAGUUUUGCUCAAGGAUGUGCAGACGAUUAGCAAAGAGAGGACAGGUCUGGGUAUUGCGCUCAAGGGAGGCAACCAAGGACCUUUCAUCCCCGUUGGAGACGAGGGUAGCAGAAAUUGGUUUUACAGGCAGAUUGCCGUGGCGGUAAAUGCGUAUAAUGACAAGUGGAAUGCGAAGGGGUAG